GCCUGGCUUUAUAAAGACUUGGUUCUGUCCAGAGGGACAGCCCUUCAUCUACUUGGAGACAAGCUGAGGACACGCAGCAGUUCAGGUCUACACGGCAGCGGUCAGCAAGCGUGUCACGGAAACAUCCCGCGGGAGGAAGCAACGGGCUUGAUGCCCCAAUAUUGGAGGGAUCGUCUCACUUUGCCCUACGCCAUGGAAGCCUGUUGAUUCCUUUACCUCUGCUCCCAAAGUCCCCUUGUGCAUUUUCAGGGGAGGCGAAAGGAGAAGGCGGACAGUUAAUUUGGCAGCAGACUCAGUCGCCGCUCUCUUUGGUGGGUGGAUUUCAGAAAGAACCUAUAAUUUUUUUUUGAGAAGACAAAGAAUAGUAAUAACUAAACCCUGCAAAGAAAGCAAUUCCAGGAUUUAAAAAAAAUAAUAAUUAGUGUGCGCUCGCAAGAUUCCCUUUCCCCCCUUUCUUACUGGGAUUUUGGAAUGCUGGGGUCUGUCAAGAUGGAAUCGCACGACAUUUCCGAAUGGACUUCAUACUACAACGAACCCACGGAGGUAGGUGCCAAAUAGCGCAAAAAACCCCCAACAACUUGGGAAUAACUUGGGAAUAACUUGGGAAUAGAUGCCUUUUUUUUUUUUUUAAGGAGUAGGGUUUAAAAGAAGCAACUGUGACUGCUCUAUUUAGGACAUGAAUGAGAUAUAAUGUUAAUUGUGAGACCCGGCAGUACUGCAAUCUUGGGAACUCUCUUGUGUGCUUCCAGGGUGUUGGGCUAUAUACUUCCUUUAUCAGAACACGCAACUCAAAACUCCUGUUGUUAUAAGGAACCGUCCCGGGCAUCGCUACUAGGCAGGCAGAAACGGAGUAUUCUACCUGUCGACAACUUAAAAGGAAGGAAAAAUAGCAGGCGGUAUAAUUUAGUUCGGCAGUUCAACCUGGUGGAAUUCAGUAACAUGUAGAAUUCGCUCUCAGAAAAGGCAGUGGUGGACCCCAGAUUGCAUGGCACUAAAACAGGAUUAGGCAAAUCCAUGGAGCGUAAGACUAUCCAUGGAGCUACUAGUAGCUACGUUCUAUUUCCAUUGUUGGGGGCAGUAAAACUUCCAAAUAAUACCAGUUUCUGGGAAACCCCAAGUGGGGAGAGUAGGUUUCGCACCCAAGUCCUGCUUGUGGGAUAUGGUGGGUCACUCUGAAAACAGUCUGCUGGACCACCACCAGUGUGACCCAGAAGGUUCUUCUCGUGUUCCUAGGGAUGUUAAGAACUGCCUUCCUAGAUCGGACCCAAUUAUUCCAGAGUUCUGGCCUAGCUAUGGCCAGUUAAAAUGAAACAAAAGCUUGCUGCGGUCUAUGCAUGGGCCUGUCCAGCUCAGAGGACUGGCUGUGCCUCUCCAAGGUUUCAGACAGCGAAUCCUUCCCAGAGAUUGGGGAUUGAACCUUCUGCAUGCAAGGCAUGUGGUCUGCCACGGCGUCCCCAUGGCUCUACCCCAGGGGCCACUGGAAGGGCACGGAAGCCAUGGGUCAGCCAGCUCUGUUCUUACCACCUGGCAUCCAACCGUUUAUUUACAACCUCUGAUUAUGGGCCAAAUGACGUCUCCAACCCCCAUGGGUGUUUACCUCGCCGUUUUUAUGGCCGUCGUUUUAUGGUUACAGUCUGUAAAGUUUUCUAAAGGAAGCCUCCAACCAGGUCAAUCGCAGCACCCAAGGGCCCAGGCAGCCUUAGUACUUUACAUUCCAAAAACGGGAGCUGGGUCUUUCAAAACACCAGCUUUCUCUUAAGCCGACGCAGCGUGUACCAAUAUCGUCUUGGUCCCGUAUCCCAAAAAGAGCCAUUUUCUCCUGCCGCUCCUGCAAAUGCCUAUCUCAAAGCCACCUUUCUUGCGGUUGGAAAACUUUGCCGUCGAUUCCAUAUUCCGUGCUUCCUCCCUCGCCUCCCUGCUGUUGCAGCAAUAUAAAUUAAAACUGCGAUUGCAGGGUCUUGGAGGUGGGAGAAAAAGAAAACCCAGUGUCAUAUUUCUUUCGUUUUUAAUUAAAUUUAAUUACUGAGCAAAGAAGCUUAUAAUCCCAACACGUUGCUCCUCAGCCCCUCGCCUCCGACCAGGUGUCGGCUAGGUCGCGGCGCCAGUUUCUAAAAUGGCUGCAUGUUGCCUACUCUGCGCUGCCUGACAUCAGCUCCCAGGGUCUCAGGAAGGAGUUUUUCCCAGAUGCGAUCUAUACUGCUGAGCUUUAAUUCCCCCUCUGCCUCCAAAGGGGGCACAAGGUGGCCCUUAUGGAGGGGAUUGGCUGGGUUUCUUCAAUGCCAACACAGGUCCUAUGGUUUGGGUUUAGCAGGAGCUUGCCAGCACUUCAAAUCCUGAGCUCUGUUGCCCAUGCACUUUGGGCAAUAGCUGCUUCCUGUUGUAAUUCUAGGCAGGGACAAUACCUGUGUCCGUCCCCCACCCCUAAAAUAUAUAUAUAACACCCUGUGUUUGGGAGUAAAAGCAGUGCAUAGCCCUCUGUCGCCCGAACGUGCCUUUUUUGCUUUCUCCCCUGUCUACUGAUGCUAUGUGGUCCACUUACAGUGGUACCUCGGGUUAAGUACUUAAUUUGUUCCAGAGGUCCGUACUUAACCUGAAACUGUUCUUAACCUGAAGCACCACUUUAGCUAAUGGGGCCUCCUGCUGCCGCCGUGCCGCCGGAGCACAAUUUCUGUUCUCAUCCUGAAGCAAAGUUCUUAACCCAAGGUACUAUUUCUGGGUUAGCGGAGUCUGUAACCUGAAGCGUAUGCAACCUGAGGUACCACUGUAGUUCCUUGCGCUCUCUCAACAAUGCACGGGCCAAAAUUGGCCAAAAUUGCUCCAAAAGACACUCAUUCUGGCAGCUAGACUGGGUGGGGACUGGGAGCGGCCGCCGAGACCAUAUAACACCAGUCCUGAAAGACCUACAUUGGCUCCCAGUAUGUUUCCGAGCACAAUUCAAAGUGUUGGUGCUGAGCUUUAAAGCCUUAAAUGGCCUCGGCCCAGUAUACCUGAAGGAGCGUCUCCACCCCCAUCGUUCAGCCCAGACACUGAGGUCCGAGGGCUUUCUGGCGGUUCCCUCCCUGCGAGAAGUGAGGUUACAGGGAACCAGGCAGAGGGCCUUCUCGGUAGUGGCGCCCGCCCUGUGGAAAACCCUCCCUUCAGAUGUAAAGGAAGUAAACAACUAUCUUACUUUUGAAACAAAAUAAAAAAAAAUCCUUCCUAUUGAUUUUUUUUAUUUUGUUUCAACUAUGGCAGACCUGUAACUUAAUUUUAGAAGACAUCUGAAGGCAGCCCUGUUUUGGGGAAGUUUUUAAUGUUUAAUGCUGUAUUGUGUUUUUAAUAUUCGGUUGGGAGCCGCCUAGAGUGGCUAGGAAAACCCAGCCAGAUGGACGGGGGUAUAAAUAUUAUUAUUAUUAUUAUUAUUAAUUAUAUCAUUCUGUGCAUAAUGUACUCAGACAGAAGUCUCUUUUUUAAAAGCCUAAGGUCCCAAUUCAAUGGGCACUUGCUUAGGAGUAACCCUCAAGGAACACAGUGGAAAUCAACUUGAGAUAAAAAAAUAAAUCUGUGCGUCUCUCUAGAACUGAGGGCCUCACGAAGAUUGGCUUAACAAAAUGAAACACUUCACAUGACUCGUACUUAACUUGUGGAACUACCCAAAAGAGGAUGCAGUCAUAGGCAAUCCUAUCAAUAGUUCUGCAGAAAGAUUAGAUAAAUUUCCUCAGGGGCAGAUAAACUGUGGUCACCAUGAUGAGAUCUAAAAUGGAAGCCCUGUCGUGCCGCUAAAAGCCAAUCCUUGAGGAAUAGUGAGAAGGGUAGGUGAGCGUCUCUGGGAUGACGUCUGCUUGGCCACUCAGAGGCAUCGAGUCUCCAAAAUGGCAGGCUACACGGACCUUUGGCUUGAAUCCAAGCCGGCAAUACAAUCAGCGCACACAGUAACCUAAGCAAUGGAAAAUUAUUAGGGCCACGUCGCUUCCGCCGGGUGCUAAGCUCUGCCUCUUACGCACGGGUUGCCAAGGGUCAUUAUUUAUUUUAUUCCCCCUAUCUACCAGUCUCCCGACAAGUGCAAUUCUCUGUGCGACGUUACCCGAUAUUUUAACAUCAGCAACAGCACCGUGUUAUAAACCAUCACUGAAACAAUCAAGGUAUAACCAACGAAAGCUUAAUAAUAAUAAUAAUAAUACAGUGGUACCUCAGGUUACAUACGCUUCAGGUUACAUACACUUCUGGUUACAGACUCCGCUAACCCAGAAAUAGUGCUUCAGGUUAAGAACUUUGCUUCAGGAUGAGAACAGAAAUUGGGCUCCAGCGGCGCAGCAGCAGCAGGAGGCCCCAUUAGCUAAAGUGGUGCUUCAGGUUAAGAACAGUUUCAGGUUAAGAACGGACCUCCGAAAGUACUUAACCCGAGGUACCACUGUAAUAAUAAUAAUAAUGUUUCGCAAGCAGCAGUUCAUGCGACUCUGGAAAAAUGUCAGAGAAUAAAACAGCCCCGACGUUAAGCAUAACACAGGCUAGGAAAUCAUUGUCUUUUAAAAGCCUGUGGAAAAAUAAAUAGAUUCUUUAAAAUGCAUUAAGGCAGGCAGCAGGCGGGCCUCUAUAGCAGCCUUCCCCAACCUGGUGCCCCCAAGAUGUUCUGGACUACAGUGACGGCUAUGCUCGGCCGGAACGGCUGGAGGCAGCCAAGCUUCUGAAUACAGUGGUACCUCGGGUUACAUACGCUUCAGGUUACAGACUCCACUAAGUCAGAAAUAGUACCUCAGGUUAAUAACUUUGCUUCAGGAUGAGAGCAGAAAUCGGGCUCUGGCGGCACGGCAGCAGCAGGAGGCCCCAGUAGCGAAAGUGGUGCUUCAGGUUAAGAACAGUUUCAGGUUAAGAACGGACCUCCAGAAUGAAUUAAGUACUUAACCUGAAGUACCACUGUACCAGCUUCUGGAAACCAUGAGAGGGGAGAGGGGCUCUUGAGAUUGGAGCCUGCUUGGAGUUUUCUACAGGAAUCUGGUUGGCCACUGUGAGAACAGAAUGCUGGACUAAAUGGGCCAUUGGCCGGAUCCAGCACUUCUGAUGUUCUUAUCAGGACAUCAGCCCCAUCAGCCCCAGCCAGCAUAAUAAUAGUAAUAAUAAUAAUAAUAAUAAUAAUAAUAAUAAUAAUAAUUUAUUAUUUCUACCCUACCCAUCUGGCUGGGUUUCCCCAGGCACUGUGGGUGGCUUCCAGCAGAAUAUUAAAAUACAAUGAUUCUUCAAAUAUUAAAAGCUUCCCUAAACAGGGCUGCCUUCGGAUGUCUUCUAAAAGUCCGAUAGUUGUUUAUUUCUUUGACGUCUGAUGAUAGCAAGUCCUUCUACCCAACACUGCAAAUCAGGGCAGGCUUACUGUGUGCCCUUGGCAAACCUGGGCGGCAACUGGUGGUUGCUCACGCCCUUGUCGCUUGAUGACGCCUCUUUAUUUAUUUGAUAAGAUUUCCAUCACAACGUUGGUAGCAUAACGAUAGCUCAAACUAUAUGUGGAGUAGAGAGAUAGAGAUAGCUCAAACUAUAUGUGUGUGGAGAGAGAGAGAGAGAGAGAGAGAGAGAGAGAGAGAGAUCUUCUUUGGCCAGGCAUAGUCAAACUUGGCCCUCCAGAUGUUUUGGGACUACAACUCCCAUCAACCCUGACCACUGGUCUUGUUAGCUAGGGAUGAUGGGAGUUGUAGUCCCAAAACAUCGGGGAGUUGAGUUUGCCUAUGUCUGUCUUUGGCGAUUAAUCGUAGACGAGUAAGAUUGUCUUCCAUGAACACGGUCUUAACAGUGAGUCCAUAAGUGACUGUGGAGGUCAAUUCUGGAUCCACACAUCCUAUAGACACACACACACACACACACACACACACACACACGAAGGGUAGUAUAUAAAUUUAAUACUACUACUACUACAUAGAUAUAUAUAUGUAAAUGUUACGAUGUUUUUUAUGACAGAGAAAAACUUGUAGUGCUUAGGUUCUGUUUGCAGGCUUCCCAAAGAUCAGAUCCGAGGUCCACUUAUUCCAGCAUACGGCCAGUCAGAACAAAAAGGAAAAACAAACCUGCCUGAUCCCGAGGCAGAGGAUAGGCCCAUCUAGUUCAGUAUUGCCUACACUGACUGGUAGCAGCUCUCUGUGGGUUUCAGGUAGGGAUGUCUACCUGCAGGUGUGGCUGAGCACUUCUUGAUGCUCUACCAGUGAGCAUGUGGCCAUUUCCAGAUAUAAUUUGCAAUAUUUCUGAAUGGUCUCCAAUCGUAGAUCACUAAGCAAUCUACAAAAUAUAGAAUAAGACACAUCAUAAAUAAAGCAGUAAUUAAAAGUAGCCAGGUGACAUGGAACAGAAGAACUUAAGAAGAAGCACUAUACCAUUCCUGGGAUACCAGGAAUUGAAUUUGGGACCUUCUGCAUGCAAAGCACAUAUUCUGCCCCUGAGCCAUGGCCCCUUCCCCAGACUGUGCCAUAAGGACCACACAUUGCACAGUAAUAAUGAUGUUUAAAGUCUGCCCCUAGAUUUACAGUUUAAAAAAGGCAGGAUGAUUAGCAAAGGAUGGAUUGGGUUAAACCACAGAGCCUAGGAUUUGCCAAUCCGAAGGUCGGCAGUUCGAAUCCCCGCGACGGGGUGAGCUCCUGUUGCUCGGUCCCUGCUCCUGCCAACCUAGCCGUUCAAAAGCACGUCAAAGUGCAAGUAGAUAAAUAGGUACCACUCCGGUGGGAAGGUAAACGGCGUUUCCGUGUGCUGCUCUGGUUUGCCAGAAGCGGCUUAGUCAUGCUGGCCACAUGACCCGAAAGCUGUACGCCGGCUCCCCCGGCCAAUAAAGCGAGAUGAGCGCCGCAACCCCAGAGUUGGCCACGACUGGACCUAAUGGUCAGGGGUCCCUUUACCUUUACCUUUACCUUAAGUAGCAGCUAAUUGAUACAGAUCUACAUAUAUACAAUAUUUUAUGUGAUUUAUUUGUUUUGGUAUUUUAUAAUUUGUAAACCACCUUGGGUGUCUUGGCAGAAAGGCUGUAUAUAAUCGUGAUAAACAAAUAAAACACAAAUCCUUUUUUUAAAAAAAACUGAACGCGUGAAAAGUUGACGAUGAAACUCACUGAGCAAUAUCCAGCGAAAACUAAGAACAGCUGAAGUUAGUCUUGGGGGGCCAAGCGAGACUUGAUGGUGUCAGGAUCAUUUGAGUCCCUGCCAAGAGAGACCACACUUAUGGUGUGGGAUUCGGCGUGACCAAGUCUGGGUCACUUUGCCAUUAGCACCACUUCUUGUACUGGGUCCAAGCACCCAGGAGCUGGAAUCUACAUGACACCAAAAGGCAACAUAUAAUGGGCAGCUGACGUUGUAUUGCCAGGCCUUAUACUUCAGCUGGAGCCUUACACCUGGCGGAAGUUACUAGCUGGGUGCAGUGCCGGAUUUACGUAUAAGCUAAACAAGCUAUAGCUUAGGGCCCCACUCUCUUGGGGGCCCCCCAAAAAAUUAAAGGAAAAAAAACCUGGAUGUACAUUUCCAAAAUAUAAGUUAAAAAACAAAUAAAAUAAAACCUACAUACAGCAACAGUGUUUUGUGUUGCGUAGGCUCCUAUGAUGUAAGUAAUGGGCACCGCCUGCUAGCCUGCUCCCUAAAAUAUCACAGGUUUGCUCAUUUCUAUAUACAGUGGUACCUCGCAAGACGAAUGCCUCGCAAGACAAAAAACUCGCUAGGCAAAAGGGUUUUUUGUUUUUUGAGCUGCUUCGCAAGACGAUUUUCCCUAUGGGCUUGCUACGCAAGACGGAAACGUCUUGCAAGUUUGUUUCCUUUUUCUUAACACCGUUAACACAGUUGCGACUUGACUUCGAGGAGCAACUCAUAGAACGCGGUGUGGUAGCCUUUUUUGAGGUUUUUAAAGACUUUGGUGAUUUUUGAAGCUUUUCCAAAACUUUCCCGACACCGUGCUUCGCAAGACGAAAAAAAUCGCAAGACGACAAAACUCGCGGAACGAAUUAAUUUCGUCUUGCGAGGCACCACUGUACAGUAGUACCUCUGGUUGCGGAUGGGAUCCAUUCCAGAGCUCCGGUCCGGAUCCCGAGGUUUCCGCAACCGGAAGUGCCUGUUGUGCACAUGCACGUGGCGCGAUAGAGUGCUUCUGCACAUGUGUGUGGCGCGUAGAGCGCUUCUGCGCAUGCACGAGCAGCGAAACCUGGGAAAAUACGUCCGGGUUUACUGUUUUUGCCAGCUGAAGUUGCAAAAGCCGAGGUUCUACUGUAUAGGGUGCCUACAUUCUGCAUGGACCGGUUGCAUCACAACAUGUGCAAAUGGCUUUAGAUACCUGUGAGGUCCAUAAAUUACCAUAUAGCAUAUAUUCAACGCAAAGAACAGCAACAAUUUGUUGUUGACAAAGGACAGCUGGACAUAUAAAGGGCCCCAUUACCUUCAGUAGCUUAGGGCCUCGUCAAACCUAAAUCCAGGCCUGACUAGGUGUCAGAAUUGCACCUCUAAGAUCAAGCCCCAUGAGAGCUGGAAGAGGCACACCUCUGUUGCAAACUGCUCUGGAACCCACCUAUGAGCUUCAAAAAGGACUUUUCCAUGCAAUGGAGGGGGGACGUCAUUGCAAAACAUGCCAGGCAAUCCCGUCCCCAAAACAUUUUCUGCGUUUGUAGCCCUUUCCGACGUCGUCCAGGCUGGUGGCUGUUUUGUAAAGCAAGGAGGCGAAACUUAAAGCCCUGUGAAUGGAGAACAGUGGGGCAGAGUAAGGGCGCAUGAUUCCAAUCCUCUCUCCUUUUUUUUUUUUUUAAAAAAAAUAAUAUUUAUUAAAGUUUCAAAGGAAAAAAAAUCACAUUAGUAAAAAAAAAAAAUUAACAAUGAAAAGGAAAAAUACAAAGUAGAAAAAAAAGAAAAAACAGUUAAAAACAAUUCCAUCUUUUCCUCACUUCUUUUACGUUUACUUAUUUCCCGGACCUCCUCAUACCUCCCUCUUUUGUAUUCCAAUUAAAUUUGUUAAUCCAACAAUUCCUUUCCCUCCUUUUUAAUCCUAAUUUUUAAUCUUGAUAUAUUAUGACUUUAAAUUUUUACAUAUUAAAAACCAAUUUUUCCAUAUUCUUUUGUACCUGUACAGCUAGAAACCACUUAACUUCAAUCCAACAUCAUUCUAACAUUCAUUAAUUUUGCAAUAUUUCUGUAAAUAGUCUUUAAAUUUCUUCCAAUCUUCUUCCACCGACUCUUCUCCCUGGUCACGGAUUCUACCAGUCAUUUCCGCCAAUUCCAUGUAGUCCAUCAUUUUCAUCUGCCAUUCCUCCAGUGUGGGUAGAUCUUGUGUCUUCCAAUGCUUUGCAAUGAGUAUUCUUGCUGCUGUUGUAGCAUACAUAAAGAAAGUUCUGUCCUUUUUUAACACCGAUUGGCCGACUAUGCCCAAUCCUCUCUCCUAGUCCCCCUCUAACACAUUCGUUUGUUCUUCCUGAUAAAGCUCCUCUGUAUAAGACGAAUGUGCAAAAGGACAAAUCCAACAUGCCUCCAAACAGGGUCAGAAUCUUUUCCCUUUCUAGGAAGAUUUGGUUUCACCGGGUGAAAUCAGCGCCGGCACAUUAAGAACACUUCCUACUGUACAGUAUUUUAAAAUUCCCAGCUUUAUUUAUUUAUGUGCUUUAAAUGCCUGUCAGAAGAAAGGACGCUGAUCGGUUAACUUUAGGCAUCCUGAUUUCAUGAAGGAUUAAGGCUUAUCAACAGUUGUAGCUAGAAAGGAGGGACGCGGGUGGCGCUGUGAGUUAAAACACAGAGCCUAGGGCUUGCCGAUCAGGCGGUUCGAAUCCCGUUGCUCGGUCCCUGCUCCUGCCAACCUAGCAGUUCGAAAGCAUGUCAAAGUGCAAGUAGAUAAAUAGGUACCGCUCCGGCGGGAAGGUGAACGCCGUUUCCGUGCACUGCUCUGGUUCGCCAGAAGCGGCUUAGUCAUGCUGGCCACAUGAACCGGAAGCUGUACGCCGGCUCCCUCGGCCAAUAAAGCGAGAUGAGCGCCGCAACCCCAGAGUUGGCCACGACUGGACCUAAUGGCCAGGGGUUCCUUUACCUUUACCUAGCUAGAAAGGGAGCCUCCAUCGUCAGAGGCUGUCUGUCUGAUGACUAGUUUCUGGGGACGAACUGCAGGGAAUGGUUACAUCUCUGCCACGGCCAGCUUCCCAGGAACACAUACAGCAGAGCUGCGGUUGGUGACUUUCGAUCUGCCCCAGCAUAGUCAGUUUCUUACACUUUUAUUUUUUCUUUGUCACGUUUGAAGAGUCUGUAAACAGUGGAAUCUUUUAUGUACCCAAAAUGACAUCAUCCAUAUACCAAAGAGAGGUGGCAACAGAUUUGGGGGACCCCAAUGUCUGCAGAACUAGGGAGAGGGGAACUAAGGGCGAGAGACACCCACAAUUGUUUUUAAUUUUGUUUUUAAUGCUGUAAGCUGCCCUGGGAGCUUACAGUGAAGGGUGAGCGAUAGAUAGAUAGAUAGAUAGAUGAUAGAUAGAUAAUCAAUCAGCCCAAUUAGAGUUGAGUAUGCUCAGUUGGUACACAAAGCUGUCUGAAACAUUGAAUGCUAGUGGGAACGGGGAACGGAACGGAAUAUCCUGGAGAUGGGCACACAGGCCUGGCUAACACCCUAAAGAGGGCCAUUCCAUGCCACAACAUUUUGUUGCAGAUCCCCCUUGUUAUUUAUAUUUUUAAAGAUUUAUAUAUGCAAACAUUUUCAAUAUUUUUAAAAGGAAAAAAAGAAAGAAAUCCAGUUAUAUAACCCAACUAUAUAACGAGAUCGAAACAGGCAAUUGGGGGGGGGGAGUCAGCGGAAACAUUAGUACACACAAGAUAAAAGUGGACCAAAACUGAAAAGCCAGCAGCUGGUCGAUGAGGGUAAACCAGGAAUUUUAGCACAGACAAAUGGGAACGCUUUCAGGACUUCCAAAAUCUAGAAACGCCCCCCCCCAAAGGAAGUUCUCAUCUGCCGAAUGUGCCUUUGUCUGAUAUAGUAAAUUUAGUUCAGAUUAUCAAAGGGUGUGAAGAGGUUUUAUACCCAAAUGAACCAAUUCAGUAUCAAAAAGAAGGGGGAAGGGGGAACCUACGCGUGAGCAGUUGCUUCACGAUUUCUUCUCAUUCUGCAGCAGAGAUAAAAUAAUCCAGAUUUCAACACACCAGGCAGCCGACUCAUUACACAAUCAUCCUUGGUUUGGUUGAAGAAAUUCAGAACCGCCAGGAAAGAGAAAACUUGACUAGGGUGGAAUCUAGACACAUAUUAAAAAAAACGUUGUGAAAACGCUUUAAAAAAAAAGUUUUGAAAAAUAUGUUGACUUUGCCAUAGCUCACUGUCACCAUCUAGUGUCACAUUUGUGUAACGCUCUUUACAACACACGUUUUAUUUGAAGCUGUAUAGCUGAGUCCGAGGAUACAAUAAACCAUUUGCAUUUAUUUUUUAAAAUGCAAUAAAAUAGCUAGGGCUGCUUGCUGACCUUUAUUAAGGUCCAGAGAUUAUAUUCUCAUGGGGGUGGGAGAUGGUUGAUCGAGGAACCUGGGUGAGGGACAGGGAAAUGUUGGUCUCCUGGAUUUGCUCCUGGCUGGGAGGAGCUAAGGACUAAGAAUUACUUUUAAGACAGGACUCUGUAUUCUACUUAUUCUGUUUGCUAUUUUAUUGUAUUAUGAAAAUCAUAAAAAUCUCACUACUGGGAAUAAUUGGGGCUGCUUGCUGAUGUUUAGGCUUAACACCAUUCUAAACGUUUAGUGGGUUGAUCAAAAACUCAAUUUUAAAUAGGUGCACCUAAAACCAGAAGCUCAAUACAGGCACAUUUUGAAAUUGCUGAAAGAAACAUGAGAGAAUCAGAGCAAACAGGCAACCUUAACACCACCAUUAUUUCUUCAUUCUCUGUGACAUACCACAAAUAAAAGUCGCCACCAGCAAAAUCAGACAAGUAAGGUUAAAAAAAAAGGUAAAUUCUGCUCCAUUAAGACUGAUGGGAAGCUUGCCACUAUGGGAGAAGGAUUUCGGGCAAGACUUACCCAUUUAUUGAUUAAAAUGGUUUUAAAUUUGCCGUUCUACAAACAAGGGUUUGAAUUAGGCUGUGGGUCACGGCAACAGUUUAGAGUCACCCCUCUUGCAGGUUAAUGUAGGUUUAUCUUAUUGCUGAAAACGUUACAAUUGGGCCACUUUCUACUGAGUCACGUAAAAGACUUGGAUUAAUAAGUAACUUUGCUGUUAGUGCGCCUCAGAAUGACAAAAAACGUGCUUUCAUUCAGGCUGGCCGGGAAUUUUGCAUAAGACAAAAGUUAGCACGCUGUUUCAGUAAUCGAUUAAUCUGUUAAAAUGAGAUAUCAGCUGAAUGACUCUCAAUUUAUCAGACUGCCUUAGCUGGUUUUUUUGGUUCUCAGCGCCUGCAAAUUCCAACGACGCAAACCAAUCUAAUCAACAAGAUACCACAUUGCAAUCGUUAUUUUCAUAGGUACAGGUGGUCUGCCCUAGACAAAGCUGUUCCAGUUUUAUUAAUCUAAACCAGUUUUUAGGUACUACCAACUGCACAAACAUUUUCACUUUGCACAAAGUACCUAAGGAGUUGGAGUGCAACCCAAAAGAGGGAAUUUCCUGUUUGCACACCCCCUAGGUGGUUCCAAAUGUUGCCUCACCUGAGCCCCCCACUAAAAAGAAAAAAAAUUUUAAAAAAAUUCUUAAGCUUCCCAGAUACUGGGAGCGGGACCUACUGUAUUUUUUGCUCUACAAGACUCACUUUUUCCCUCCUAAAAAGUAAGGGGAAAUGUGUGUGCGUCUUAUGGAGCGAAUGCAGGCUGCGCAGCUAUCCCAGAAGCCAGAACAGCAAGAAGGAUUGCUGCUUUCACUGCACAGCAAUCCCUCUUGCUGUUCUGGCUUCUGAGAUUCAGAAUAUUUUUUUUCUUGUUUUCCUCCUCCAAAAACUAGGUGCGUCUUGUGGUCUGGUGCGUCUUAUAGAGCGAAAAAUACAGUAUACGAGAACCAUAUAUUUUUCAAAAGGGAGAUUGUUUUAGCUCUCAGUGCCCCUGCAGGGGAACAACACAUGAUUAUCACCUCCUUCAGGUUCCAGAUUUCUGUGAAGGCUUGGCAGCGAUGACGUGAAACACCAGUGUUAGCGAAAGUUGUUCCGUCCACACCUAAUAUGACAAAUCUCUGUGUACAUGAACUGCUCAGAACCUUAGAUAUGAAACUAUUUUAAAGGGUGGACCUGGAAAACGACAAAGGGUCUCAUUUCGCACUACUCACAGCUGUGGAAGCUUUUAAAAAGAACAACACACCCCUCAAAUCACAAUCUAUCAAAGAUGGGAGCAGGGUUUUCCACAACAGUGGUGGCGCAAGGAACAAAAGCAUAGAACCCGUGAGAGGGUUCAUUAUUCUGCAGAAGUUCUUUGAGAAACUUGGAAGGAGACCCAGUCAGAAUGCCGGAAGCAAGGUUUAAAAGUGGUCAGAUUUAGGUGUUCAGAGCGAAGCAUCUCUUAUUUGUAAAUGUUGUUUAUGUAUUCACUUAUUUUGAAGAUAACGGUUUUUGGAAUUCACCGACGGACUCGUCCCCUCACUAAUAUCACCAAUAUUAACAUGCAUAUUGAGGAAGUACUUGAACAAUGAGCAGAAAGCUGACAUUUGCUAUACAGUCGUACCUCGGGUUAAGUACUUAAUUCGUUCUGGAGGUCUGUUCUUAACCUGAAACUGUUCUUAACCUGAAGCACCACUUUAGCUAAUGGGGCCUCCUGCUGCCGCCGUGCCGCCGGAGCACAAUUUCUGUUCUUAUCCUGAAGCAAAGUUCUUAACCCGAGGUAAUAUUUCUGGGUUAGCGGAGUCUGUAACCUGAAGUGUAUGUAACCCGAGGUACCACUGUACAUGUAAUCAAAAGAUACUGAUCACUAAAUAUGCCUCUUGGAGACCCACUCACAAAUCUCACAGGCCCUGGGUAGUUUGGCUCUUUGGUCGUGUACACAGUACUGUGUUGAAACGCAGUUAGCUCAUUCUUUUUUCUCAAUUUAUAUUGAAGCUGCUCCGGGAUUGGCAAGCACAUCAAAAUGCUGUAUUUCUUAAGAAACAAUGGGAUAGAUGCAGAUUGUGACUAAGGUUAUAUGUGUGUCCCCCAAACCAGUGGUUGACGCACACCGAAUGCCGAGUCGACGGGAGUGUGUACACAGCCUUUGUAAGAAAGAACCUAGCGUUGAAUGCUAUAACUUAUCCGGACUGAUUUGAUGAUGAUGAUGAUGAUAGUUUAUUACUUGUACCCUUCCCAUCGAAAUGGAUUGCCCCAGCCACGCAGGUCAGCUUCCAAAAGAAUAUAAAAGAACACAACAAAACAUCAGAUGUUAAAAUCUUCCCGAUACAGGGCUGCCUUCAGAUAGGCAGACUGAGUUAAAAACAGCCAAGACUUCUGUGUCAUGUUAAAGACUCUCAGAUUUAUCGUGGCAUAACCUUUCAUGGGCUCCACAAAAGCUUAUGCCGUGAUAAAUCUGUUAGUCUUUAACGUGCCGCAGGAGUUCGGGUUGUUUUUUUGCUACCCCUCUCAACAUCUUUAGGUUGGAUUCUAAUUUCCCUUUCUGCCAUUUUUUAAUCCCAGCAAACUUUUGCUUUGCAGUCAAAUCUGUGACCGCGGGAAAUAAACAAACAGGUUAAGAAAAUGUCUUUUCUAGUCAUCGGCAGACGUGUGAGAGGGUCUCUGAAAGUCGUUUUGUUUGUGUAAAUAUAGCAGAAGGACAGGGACGCGCAUCAGAGCUGUGGUGUGUGUUCUCUAAGGCAUCCCUUACAGAAAUGCCCCCAGGUGUUUUAAACCUCUGUAGGGUGAAAGGUACAAUAACAGGCUGCCGUCCCGUACAUAUUUACUUUGGAGUAAGACGUGGUGAGUCCCGUGGGGCCUACUUCUGAGUCAAUGUGUUUCAGAGUGGGCUGCUACACGUGUGUUUAGGACAGCAGUCUCUGUUCUUCCGAAGACACAAAAUAGGAGCAGGGAGUCGUAACAGGGCCUCCCUAUCCCAUUCAUGAUGGUUUAAAUUGGAAUCUCUUUGACAAUUAUUAGUGGGAUUCUUUUUAGCCUUGAUUAUACCUAAAACUGAUUUCUAGCACUAUUGCUGGAUAGCCAAGUCACCAAAAACAGGAGCAGCUCUAAUGGUACUCUUCAGAUAUUGUUGGACUCCGACUCCCAUCCAUUCAAGCCAGAAUGGCCCAUGGUCAGACAUGGUGGGAUUUGUAGUUAACAACUAGACUAGGGCACUAAGUUGACUCCCCUUGGUCAUAGCUGUCAACUUACAGAUUUGAAAAUAAGGGACCAGCAGCCUCGAAAAUAAGGGAUCAGCAGCCAAAAUAAGGGAUCAACAAUUACUUUGAUAAAAUACAUAUUUUGUCGCGUGCAAAUGGCUUUAGAUACCUAUUAGGUCCUAUAAAUUACCAUACAGCAUAUAUUCAACACAAAAAACAGCAACAAUUUGUUGUUGACAAAGCACAGCUGGACAUAGAAAGGGCCCCAUUACCUUCAGUAGCUUAUUUAAGGGACAUCAUCAAUAAGGGACAGCAGCGGGACAUGGCGCUGGGAUAAGGGACUGUCCCGCCAAAUAAGGGACGCUUGACAGCUAUGCCCUUGGUCUAAAGGUAUUCUAUAAUCCAAAGGUAUUCUAUAAUCUCCUCCCCCCCCCAAAAAAUAAUCUAAACUGAGAAAGGGGUCACCAAAUUUUAAAAACUAGUCCUGCCCCUGUGCCUUAAGCAGUGAGUUGAUUGGCACAAAUUUAGCAGGUGAAUAUUUUCCUGGCAUGGAGCUAACAUGAUGGGGGAAAGCUUCAUUUGCAAAAAAAAAUCUCUCUGCAUCAGGCUGCUGUUAACUGCACAGGAGUAGGGCCAGUGACAACUUUGGCAAUUGCACAUGCAAGUCCUUCUGGGGUCUGGUUGAAAAGCAAAACGUUCUGCAAGCCGAGACGGAGUUGGCACUUCCAGCCAUUUUAAAGACAACGGCUCUUUUUUCCUCUCUCUCUCCCUCCCCAUCUCCAGUGGUCCAGUCCACCGUCUCUCCCAGCCCCCAGAUGUUCAGAAUUGGUCCAAACUUUCCCAUGCAGGAAAAACCGACUUAAUUUUAGCACCUUCUGUGGUCUUCGUGGAAUGGAGCAAACAGAAACCUGCUGAGCAGGAUGCAAACUUUGCCCGAGAACCAAUGGGUGUCGUUCAGAGGGAAGGUGGCAACAGGAUAUGGUUGAAAGGGGGUGAUUUUUGGCUCGGCCCGUUCCGUCGGAGCAAGGCAGGAUUCUCUAUUCAGCAGCAGAGUUUAAUUUGAGCCAGGUUUCCAAGACGGUGAGCUCCAGAACCUCUUUUCAAGAGGCAAAAUUCGGUUUCGGGAGAACUGCCAAGGUCCUGCUGCUGAUAUAGAGCCUUUGAUAUACGCAGAGCUUUAUGGCCUAAGCUAAAUAAGCAGGUCCUUGCCCCCAAGGAGCUUGCAGUCUAAAUUUCAACAGUGCAGGGAACAAAGGAAGGAGGUGCAGAGAGAGGAGGGUGAAGGACUGGCAAGCUACACAUGCCUUCCCUUCAGUCCAUUGGGAAACAUGGGGAGCUUUUCUGUAUUGGGGACCAGGGACUGGCAGCUCUGCCAGAGGAGACUGGGACGCGAAGGGUCUUUCCUAGUCCUACGCAAGAGACCCAAGAAGCUGCCGUUUAGAACCAGUGAUCUACCCUGACUGGCAGAGGCUCUCCAGAGUCUGGGCCUGCCCACACCAGAAGACGAUGUCCAAACCACCCCAGGGUUGUUUCACAUCUUCUCUCCACGUAAGGUAAAGGUAAAGGGACCCCUGACCAUUAGGUCCAGUCGUGGCCGACUCUGGGGUUGUGGCGCUCAUCUUGCUUUAUUGGCCGAGGAAGCCGGUGUACAGCUUCCGUGUCAUGUGGCCAGCAUGACUAAGCCGCUUCUGGCGAACCAGAGCAGCGCAUGGAAACGCCGUUUACCGUAUUUUUCGCUCUAUAACACGCACCCGACCAUAACACACAUGUAGUUUUUAGAGGAGGAAAAUCCGUAGGCAUGCCACCCAUAGGCAUUCCCUCCAUAACACGCACAGACAUUUCCCCUUACUUUCUAGGAGGAAAAAAGUGAGUGUUAUGGUGCAAAAAAUACGGUACCUUCCCGCUGGAGUGGUACCUAUUUAUCUACUUGCACUUUUAUGUGCUUUCGAACUGCUAGGUUGGCAGGAGCAAGGACCGAGCAACGGGAGCUCACCCCAUCACGGGGAUUCGAACUGCCGACCUUCUGAUUGGCAAGUCCUAGGCUCUGUGGUUUAACCCACAGCGCCACCCACGUCCCUCUCUCCCCAUCCGCCCCUUUUAAAUGGAAGGUUUUUCAAUCCGGGCUGUUCUGCACUUUCCACGGAUUGGAAAACCCCACAGUUAGAGGGGGAAAGGUCUGGGACAACCCUGAAAUGGAGACAAAGUCAUGUGGACACACACACACACACCCCCCCGAAACGGAGAGGCAGGUCAACACACAUUCGCAUUUUGCUUGCUCAGGUGUGGGCAAGUCCUAGCAGAAGUUGUCAGGGAUCAAAUUUGGGACUUUCUGCACGCAAACCAGACUUUCUACCACUGAGCUAAGGCCCUUAUAAUGACAAACCCAGAUGUGGCACAGGAGCUCUGUGAUGGGAUCCUAUGACAUUUUUUUGUUGGGUUAAAAGCGUUAAGAUCAGAAUGUGGAAAAUAUGAAAACAAGGGAAGAGGCAGGAACGAAGAUAUUGGAGAUGUUCUUCAGAGGUCCAGACUAUGGGGAGCCCGGAAAAAUUAAUAAUUAACAAAUUGGACUGCAAUUUGGUGGGGUUUUUUUAUUUUAGUUUAUUGUUUUUAAUUGGAUUGUGAUGUGGAUAUGUUGAUUGGCUGUUUUUAUUGAAAAAUCAAUAAAAAUGAUUUUUUAAAAAAGCAAGAGGAGGAGGUCUGCAGUACUUGACGGGGGUGAACCCUUUCACCCAACAUCAUUUCUAGCCCACCCUCCAGAUGUUUUGGACUACAACUCCCAUCAGUCCCGGCCAGCACAGGAGAGCUCACUUCUCAGUCCUUAACACGCUGAAACCGCCCAGGCAUGUUCAAAGUCAGGGGAGCAUUAAAGUCUGGGUUUCCCCCACUUAGAAGUAGUUUUAUGGGUAGCAGUAAGGGUGAUUCUACAUGGAAUUAUGCUGUAUAUGAUGCUGAUGUGAAUUAGAACCCCCGCUCCAGGGUACAGUCAUACCUUGGGUUAAAUACGCUUCGGGUUGAGCGCGUUCGAGUUGCGCUCCGCGGCAACCCGGAAGUAACGGAGCACGUUACUUCCAGGUUUCGCUGCUUGCGCAUGCGCAGACGCGCAAAACGACAUCACGCGCAUGCGCAGAAACGGCGAAAAGCGACACGCGCAUGCGCAGACGUGCCGUCGCUAGAUACGUUUAUCUCUAGAUGCGACGGGGCUCCAGAACGGAUCCCGUUCGUAUCUAGAGGUACCACUGUAUAAUGUAUGGACAGGUGGGAAAACCCACUGUUUUCCUACCCUGCAACUGGUCUAAAAGAGUUGCCAGCAUUUCUACAGCCCCUGCUCCUACGCUUGAAACAGAAGUCUUACAUGCAGACAUUCAGCAGGCGACAUUUUCCCCACCCCUACACCCCCAAGCACAGGAGCAGGGCCAGUCAACAACAGUGGCUUCCUUUUGAAGCAUUCAGCUGAAUCUCCAAAUAGAAUCUCCAGUUAAAACAAAUAUGUGAACACAUGCCUUUGGAUCUCACUCAUCACUUCCUAUUCCUGCCCCUCACUUCCCCCUGUUGCCUUCCCAACCUGCUGCUUAAGGGGCUGACUAGUUAACCCAGAACAUUGGUGGUUUGAGUCCAUCCAGGGAUGGCUGUCUUAAGCAUAUGUGGUGCCGGGGUGCAAAGAUCUGCCCGGCGCACCCCCCCCCCAGGUUUCCCAGUCUCAGGCGCUCAGGAGGGAGGAGCUGGCCAGCCGCCUCAGCAUCUCGCUGGCUCAGUUGCCCCCAAACUCGCGGCACAGAGCCACCCUCAGCAGAAGAUCCUGCCACGGCGUUCUGACCGACGGACGGGCUCUUCCCCGGACUCAACUCUCGGGCCCCGGACUCUAGGCCUGGCGCCCCUGAGAGCCUGCGCCCGGGUGCCCCACACCCCUAGUGCCUAUGGGUAAGACGGCCCUGUCUGUGGGCAGGAUUCCUGUAUUGCAGAGGGUUGGACUGGAUACGGUACAAUACGAUAAUCUUUAUUGUCAUUCUUCCAUACAGAACAACGAAAUUGAAAAAUCUACAUAAAACAUUCAAACCCAACAAGCCUGCUAUCCCAGCUAUCCCAACCUGGUUAGCCCCCUAAAAACCCUGAUACCCCAUUUUUAAAUACAAUAUACUCCCAUAGACACUCUUUACACUGAGUUUAAAACCAAAAUCGCAUUUGGGUAGAAACUGUUUCUCAGGCAGCUAGUACUAGUCUUUAUAACCCUGUACCUUCUUCCAGAAGGCAGAAGCUGAAAGAGAUCAUUUCCGGGGUGCGCACUAUCCUGCGCUAUCUCUGCAGCUUUUUAUAGCACCUGGAAGCAUAGAUUUGAUCCAAGGUGGGAAGAGUGCACCCAAUUAUUCUCUCCGCAGUCUGUGGGAUGACCCACAGAGUCUCUUCCGACUCUACCAUUCUAUGAUCUGACUUUUCUUGUUGGCUUUGGAGCCCCUGCUGAGUGCAUCUGCACCUAACACACUGGUCCUCAAAAAUGUGGGAUCAAAAUUCCAAGGAAGGAAAGGAUCUUAGCAAGUAAAUUCUUCUUUCCUCCUCCUGGGGAGCACAUGUGUUUCAUAAAAUAAAGUCCAGAAAAGACGCUCAAGUUCAAAAAGUUUGAGAAACAAAGAUGUUCAAUGGGAGUUGUUGUAGUCCAAAACAUCUGAAGGGCACCAGUUUAGGGAAGGUUGAUUUAGACUUAUGUUAUUCUACAAAGCUCCGUGUUUCCAAUGCCACCAAGAUAAAGGAUAUAUUACUGUUGAUGUAAUGUUGGGGCUUUCACUUGACUAAUGAAAGAAGCACAAUCUCAUGCAUCUCUAAACAGGCCAUGUUUAUUUAGAAAUAACUAUUUUCAGUGGUGCUUUCUCAUCCAAGUAAGUGUAUUUUGGAUUACAGCUUGGGGCGAUUAACCAGUUAAGUGGAUCCACUAGGUAAAGGUAAAGGGACACCUGACCAUUAGGUCCAGUCGUGGCUGACUCUGGGGUUGCGGCGCUCAUCUCGCUUUACUGGCCGAGGGAGCCAGCGUACAGCUUCCGGGUCAUGUGGCCAGCAUGACUAAGCCGCUUCUGGCGAACCAGAGCAGCGCACGGAAACGCCGUUUACCUUCCCACUGGAGCGGUACCUAUUUAUCUACUUGCACUUUGACGUGCUUUCGAACUGCUAGGUUGGCAGGAGCAGGGACUGAACAACGGGAGCUCGCCCCAUCGUGGGGAUUCGAACCGCCGACCUUCUGAUUGGCAAGUCCUAGGCUCUGUGGUUUAACCCACAGCGCCACCCAUAAAUCUGCACAUGUAAAAAUCACAUAGGUCUAAAGCAAAAGAACAAACAAACACGUACUUCUUUUGUUUGGGGAUACUGCAGACAGAUAUUGCUUUGGGGUAUUGAAGACACCUAAUAUGACAUUUGACACCUGCAAUUACAAAAGCAACUUGUACUAAAAAGCUGAAUUCCUUGAAUUCAAAAGUUAUAAACCUAUAGUCCCAUGAAUUGGGACCUGCCUUUUAGAUGAUUAACGUGGCUUUUAAUUGUUUCACCUAACCGGUUAAUCAACUCAGUGUGGCAGCCCUAAGUCAAAUAUUUCAAGUGCCUAAAUCUCUGACCCUCCAGAUAUUAUUGGACUCCCAUCAGCCCCAACUGGCAUAAUCAAUAGCCAGCGAUGAUGAUUGCAACAUCUGGAGGGCCACUCUUAGCCUACAAUGAGGUCAGGUGCCUCGCAAAAACGAGGAGUCCCUACUCACAGGAUUGAUGUUUCGGGAAAGCAAUGGCACACUUUUACAAAGUGGGAGGCAGGACUGUGUCGCUGGCACACUUUGAGGGUACCCAGUGCCUGGGGCUGUAGUCCCAUCCACAUAUACUAGGAGGGGAGCCUCCCGGAACACAGUGGGGCAUCCACACAUCUGCUUGUGCCAUCUCUAGAAAGCACGGCUCUGAGCAGUUUCCCCCUUGCGCUGCUCUUUUCAAAGGGAAAACCCGCUCUUUAGCGACAGAUCGGAACAAACGUCAAUCCAGGGAAACCGGAAUUGCUGUUUGCUCCAAUUAAGCGCUAGAGAGUGGGUUUUCACUGGGGGACAGCAACAGGAAGGGUGGACAAACCCUGAAGUCAGGAUUGCACCGUGCGGCUGCUAAACCAGGGGGCAUGUUGGUUACCCCAGUUUAAUGCUUCAACGAGCAAGAUUUUGCAAACCGGCCCUAUCUCCUCAGCUGCAGGGACGGAGCAGAUUUGACUCCUGGUUUCCCAACAAAGGGGUGGGCUUUGAUGUGGCUGUCGCCAUGUUUCAAAGGUCUUCUUGUACACAGUGCAGAGGGAUGAGAGAUACCUUUGGGGAAAGGGGAGACCAAGCCAGGGCUGGUUGCCAGACCUGCCCCCCCCCGCCCCCGCAUGCAAACAACAGAUUCUAAUGUCCAAGGCUGCCUGUCCAGGGGUGGGGGUGAGGAGGGGGUAAGGGCCCCGGUCCAGCUUGCACAACGCCAGUGUCUGCUGUGCUGUUUAGAAAGGAUUUGGGGCUAUCAGGGAGAUGAGAGAGGCCAUGGAAAAUCUAAACCCCACGCUCUCCUCCUGAGCAGCAAAAACUGGCAAAACCUGCAGCGGGAAAAGUUGCAAAGGAUGGAAAAAGCGAAGAGGGUUCUAAAGAAAAUUGCACAUCCACAAUUGGACAGCUUUUCCGGGGGGGGGGAGAGAAUUUAAACUUCUGUUCAAUCCCGGUUGCGGAAGAAAAGAACGUGAAGGCUCCGUGGUCACCAUCUAAACAUUUCUUUAUAAUCCCACGAGCUUGAAACCUUACUGAAACGAAAAGCAAGUGUUAUGUAUUGAAGUUCUUACCCACUAUUUAAUAGCAAGAGUCGUCAAACUUAUUCGCAGCGCAGGGAAAUGUGUUCAGUUACUGAGCAUGUGUGUGAUGUUGUGCAGGGCUCAAACCUAAACCAUGGCAUCCAUAUAUUAAGUUCCAAAAUCAUUUUUCUCAAAGUGCAACUGGCGUGUUAGUGGGAAGGGAGCCAACUGGUGCAGCCUAUGCAAACUGAUGGGUCUCAGCCAACUCACAAUUUAUGGGGCAUGUUGUGUUUGCUGCAUACAUAAUGGUAUCUAUAAUGGUAAACACAAUGAAAGUGUCGUGUAUUUGUAAACAUACCAUGAAACCAUGUGUCCUUCCCGCUUAUUUACAAACGCUCAUUUGUCCGGCACGCUUUGCAUCCGCAAGCGCCGUGUGAACACGCUGUGUCAAAACACCACUUGUGUGCAAUAUUAUUAUGGCAUAUAUUCUAUGCUUUCCAAUGAAUCCUGCCCAGUGAUGGAUUGCACCCAUUCUGGGGAGUCAGGGCAAGGGAGGAGAAGGAAAUUUCCUACUGGACCGCAGGAACAUCUGGCUAAUAAAAUCCCAGCCACGUGAAGAGGCGAGUUGCUGGACGGCCCUGAAAUAGCUCCCUCUAAUCCAAGAUAAUGAAAGAAGGUUCAAAAGCCAUUCGCCUUCUCAGAAACAAUAGGAAGGCAACCUUGGUUGGGAGCAGCCUAAUCUCCUUCGCUCUUUCUGAAAAGGGUUUACAAUGUUUGGCUCAGGGGAGAAAAUACCGUAUUUUUCGUUCUAUAGGACGCACCGGUCCAUAGGACGCACCUCGUUUUUUUGGGGGGGGGGGGGGAAUGAAUAAAAAAAAUUAUCCCCCCGCGGCUGCCGCCCCAAGCCUCGCGUGCUUCGGGCGGCAGGCUGCCUCCCAAGCCUCGCGCGCUCGGCGGGACCUCCCACCGGGCGCGCGAGGCUUGCAGACACUCGCCGGAAGCACGGGAGCCCUCCGGAGGGCUCCCGUGCUCGGGCGACAGACUGCCGCCCCAAGCCUUGCGCGCUCGGCGGGACCUGCUGCCGGGCGCGCAAGGCUUGCGGACACUCGCCCGAGCACGGGAGCCCUCCGGAGGGCUCCCCGUGCUCGGGCGACAAGCUGCAGCCCCAAGCCUUGCGCGCCGGGCGGGACCUCCUGCCGGGCGCGCAAGGCUUGCGGACACUCGCCCGAAGCACGGGAGCCCUCCGGAGGGCUCCCCGUGCUUCGGGCGACAAGCUGCAGCCCCAGCCUUGCGCGCCGGGCGGGACCUCCUGCCGGGCGCGCAAGGCUUGCGGACACUCGCCCGAAGCACGGGAGCCCUCCGGAGGGCUCCCGUGCUUCGGGCGACAAGCUGCAGCCCCAAGCCUUGCGCGCCGGGCGGGACCUCCUGCCGGGCGCGCAAGGCUUGCGGACACUCGCCCGAAGCACGGGGAGCCCUCCGGAGGGCUCCCGUGCUUCGGGCGACAAGCUGCAGCCCCAAGCCUUGCGCGCCGGGCGGGACCUCCUGCCGGGCGCGCAAGGCUUGCGGACACUCGCCCGAAGCACGGGAGCCCUCCGGAGGGCUCCCCGUGCUCGGGCGACAAGCUGCAGCCCCAAGCCUUGCGCGCCGGGCGGGACCUCCUGCCGGGCGCGCAAGGCUUGCGGACACUCGCCCGAAGCACGGGAGCCCUCCGGAGGGCUCCCGUGCUUCGGGCGACAAGCUGCAGCCCCAAGCCUUGCGCGCCGGGCGGGACCUCCUGCCGGGCGCGCAAGGCUGCGGUGACUCGCCCGAAGCACGGGAGCCCUCCGGAGGGCUCCCGUGCUCGGGCGACAGCUGCAGCCCCAAGCCUUGCGCGCCGGGCGGGACCUCCUGCCGGGCGCGCAAGGCUUGCGGACACUCGCCCGAAGCACGGGAGCCCUCCGGAGGGCUCCCCGUGCUUCGGGCGACUAGCUGCAGCCCCAAGCCUUGCGCGCCGGGCGGGACCUCCUGCCGGGCGCGCAAGGCUUGCGGACACUCGCCCGAGCACGGGGAGCCCUCCGGAGGGCUCCCGUGCUCGGGCGACAAGCUGCAGCCCCAAGCCUUGCGCGCCGGGCGGGACCUCCUGCCGGGCGCGCAAGGCUUGCGGACACUCGCCCGAAGCACGGGGAGCCCUCCGGAGGGUUCCCCGUGCUUCGGGCGACAGGCUGCCGCCCCAAGUCUUGCGCGCUGGGCGGGACCUCCUGCCGGGCGCGCAAGGCUUGCAGACACUCGCCCGAAGCACGGGGAGCCCUCCGGAGGGCUCCCCGUGCUUCGGGCGACAGGCUGCUGCCCCAAGCCUCGCGCGCUCGGCGGGACCUCCUGCCGGGCGCGCAAGGCUUGCGGACACUCGCCGGGGCUGCAGGCUGCUGCCUGCAAGCCUUGUGAGCCCCGGGAACUCCCACCGGGCUUGCAAGGCUUGCGGAUAGCUUCCUGAAGCCUGGAGAGCGAGAGGGGUCGGUGCGCACCGAUGCCUCUCGCUCUCCAGGCUUCAGCGAAGCCUGCAUUCGCUUCCAUAGGACGCACACACAUUUCCCCUUCAUUUUUGGAGGGGAAAAAGUGCGUCCUAUGGAGCGAAAAAUACGGUAAGUUACAGGCAGACACACCCAAGGCAGGUCGAAAGGAGACGCAGGAGGAAAUAUCAGGUAGGAAACCAUCUAAAAGCAGCCUUAGCCGGCCUGGCAACCUGCAGAUGUUUAGGACUACAACUCCCACCAGCCCCAGCCAGCCCAGCUGGGAGUUGUAGUCUAAAACAUCUGGAUUGCCCUAGGCUGAUGAGGGCUGAGCCAAACUUGUGUUGACUGUUGUUGCAAGUGCCUCAAAGUCAAACGACAUGAUAUACUGGUCUUCUGUGAUCGGAAAAAGCUUUGGAACCUCCUCUCCCAAGUCACCCCUCCCCGCCGUGGUUGCUUUUUGAAGAACAAAAUUGUGCUAGGAGUUCCAGCGAUGGAAAAACAAACUCAUGCGUGGUUUGGCUUCUACUGAAUCAUACCUUUGGUGUCUAGCUCAGAACUAGCUCAGCAGGGCAAACGGUGCUUCCAGGUGGGGACUUCAUAUUGUAAAUGGGUUGUUCACAUAGUGAGGAUUAGCUGUCGACAUCAGAUUUCCUUCUUUCUUUUAUUAUUGGAUUUCCGCCCAGAAAGGGUUGAUCCAGAUUUAAUGGUGGAGGGAAUAUGGGACAAUGACGUUUGUGUGGACAUUGCAAACGUUUGCAUGCCAAUCGGGAAGCUCGUGAAGUGCCGUUUUACUGCACGUUAAAGGACAGAAGCAAGCUCUCUCUCCACCCCAUGACUUCACGUGGAGUUGCCAUUGGCGAGGGACGCAACAGCAAAACUCAAUGACAAAAAAAUUCAAACACAGUGGUACCUCUGGUUACGAACUUAAUUCGUUCCGGAGGUCCGUUCUUAACCUGAAACCGCUCUUAACCUGAGGUACCACUUUAGCUAAUGGGGCCUCCCACUGCCACCGCCGCGCAAUUUCUGUUCUCAUCCCAAGAACAGAAUUUCUGUUCUUAAUUUCUGUUCUUAACCCGAGGUACUACUUCUGGGUUAGCGGAGUCUGUAACCCAAAGUGUUUGUAACCCGAGGUACGACUGUAACAAUAAAAGAGCACAAGACGUCAGAAAAUAAUAUUAGAAGAAGAGCAGCAGAUGAAUAUUUGCUCCAUAAAGGUAAAGGGACCCCUGACCGUUAGGUCCAGUCGUGACCAACUCUGGGGUUGCGGCACUCAUCUCGCUCUAUAGGCUGAGGGAGCCGGCAUACAGCUUCCAGGUGAUGUGGCCAGCAUGACUAAGCUGCUUCUGGCGAACCAGAGCAGUGCACGGAAACGCCGUUUACCUUCCCGCCGGAGUGGUACCUAGUUAUCUACUUGCACUCUGACGUGCUUUCGAACUGCUAGGUUGGCAGGAGCAGGGACCGAGCAACAGGAGCUCACCCCCUCGCGGGGAUUCGAACCGCCGACCUUCUGAUCGGCAAGUCCUAGGCUCUGUGGUUUAACCGACAGCGCCACCCGCAUCCUAUUUGCUCCAUAAGAUGCCCCAAUUUCCCCAAAUGUACGCACUGAUUUUCUUUUGAAUAGGGUCAUAUGAUCUAUUAAGAGAGUCGGCGGCUACAUGUUCAGGGAGAAGACGGUCUGGGAAUCCUCCACACACUAAAGUUUUGCUGCUUGUGCCACCUGGGCACCCAAGCUACUGGGUGGCAACGCAAGGGCUGCCCACCUGGCCCCCAGUAUGAAGUGUGGGCAUGUGUAAGAGGGCCUGUUCAACGUAGGAAAGGACGAGCCAAGGCAAAUUUCAACUGAGCAGGAAGGGCAGACACGUCUCUUGCGCACUGUGGAUAUUUGAGGGGAUAUUUAUUGAGAACUUUUGUGGGCGUGAUAGGAAGUACUGGCAAGCACACUGGCGCCUGCAGGCACAACUCUAUGGAUAUAUGCCUGGGAUUGCUCACGCACGCAAGUUUUGCACAGAGUCCACAUGGCAACGUCGCCAUCAAAACGCUGUCCUACCCCAUUUAAUCCUGAUUUCCCAUUUCUUUGGAUAACCUCAUACAGUGGUGCCUCGCAAGACGAAAUUAAUCCGUUCCGCGAGUCUCUUCGUCUUGCGGUUUUUUCAUCUUGCGAAGCACGGCUAUUAGCGGCUUAGCAGCUAUUAACGGCUUAGCGGCUUUAAGAAAAAGGAAACAAACUCGCAAGAACUCGCAAGACGUUUCGUCUUGCGAAGCAAGCCCAUAGGGAAAUUCGUCUUGCGGAACGACUCAAAAAACGGAAAACUCUUUCGUCUAGCAAGUUUUUCGUCUUGCGAGGCAUUCGUCUUGCGGGGCACCACUGUAAUUGAAAGGAGGAAACAGUAGACGAAUCUGGAUUAAAUGGGUAAAAAAAUAUAUACGGGGCAGCAAUUUGAUGAGGACAACAUAAUGUGGACACUGAGAAAAAUCUGCAAGCAUGAGCAGUGGAUCCAAAUUAGGGGUCCGUGGCCCCAUCUCUUGUCUGCAGCCCCCAACUCUAAUUUUGUCAUUUUUGCAUAGUAAUUUUGCGAAUUUUACGGUCUGCUUUAGCGCUGUGCGAUUUUUCAAUACAGUGGUACCUCAGGUUACAUAUGCUUCAGGUUACAUACGCUUCAGGUUACAGACUCCGCUAACCCAGAAAUAGUGCUUCAGGUUAAGAACUUUGCUUCAGGAUGAGAACAGAAAUCGUGCUCCGGCGGCAGCAGGAGGCCCCAUUAGCUAAAGUGGUACCUCAGGUUAAGAACAGUUUCAGGUUAAGUACGGACCUUCGGAACGAAUUAAGUACUUAACCUGAGGUACCGCUGUAUGCUGGCCCAAAAUCGGUUUCGAAAUCACACCACGAUAACAAUUUUAACCCUGUAUUGCUCCUCGCGCGAGGGAGGGCAGAGCAGCCGAUUUUGAGGCGCCGCCGAUAUCGCACGGUGAUCUCCGCCGAUAACGCUGCUGAUCUGAUCUGCCUCCCCUCAAGACGAGGGAGACCAGGGCAGAGAAUGUGAGGAGCUGCCUUUCCCUCUCUUUGGCAGAGCAGACAGUCAGCUAAACACUGCGGUGUGGCAGUAUAUCACAAUGUCAGAAAGGAGCUGGUGUCAAACCACCACUGUCCUCGCUGCAGCUUGUUUUCCCCUCAUUUUCACCAGCAAUACACCACCGGGCGAAGCCCCCACCGUGGUCUGCCCCUCAUACUUAAUCCGUUCGACUCCCGGAACUGUUCGAAAACCAAGGCGCGGCUUCCGAUUGGCUACAGGAGCUUCCUGCACUCAAUCGGAAGCCACGUCUGACGGUCGGCUUCCAAAAAACAUUCACAAACUGGAACGCUUACUUCCGGGUUUGCGGCAUUCGGGAUCCAAUUUGUUUGGGAGCUAAGCCGUUCGACAACCAAGGUACAGUGGUACCUCAGGUUACAUAUGCUCCAGGUUACAGACUCCACUAACCCAGAAAUAUUACCUCGGGUUAAGAACUGUGCUUCAGGAUGAGAACAGAAAUCGUGCUCCGGUGGCGCGGCAGCAGUGGGAGGCCCCAUCAGCUAAAGUGGUGCUUCAAGUUAAGAACAGUUUCAGGUUAAGAACAGACCUCCGGAACAAAUUAAGUACUUAACCCGAAGUACCACUGUAUUGAUAUAUCGCCCAGGCCUACUCCCCCAUCCCCUCCCACUCAAACCAUGCUGUGGAAGUGACUCCGUUUCCUCUCCUCGUCCCACCCACCAAAACUUCAUGACUGCUCCUUCCUUCAUCCCCAUGCCUGAUCUCCAACUUCAGAACAUCAAGAUGUUUAGCUGCUGGUACAUCAUGAUGUUGAAAAACAGAUAUCUCUUAGCCUUAGUCUUUUUCCCCCCUUUCUCUUUUAGUAUACCUAGAAUCCUUUGCUUAUUAGGGGCUAUCCCACAUUUUGUUCAAGAAAAUAUAUAUGCAGGUAAUGCACACGAAACCUUAUACCAAGAACAAACAUAGUUGGUCUCUAAGGUGCUACUGGGACACGGGUGGUGCUGUGGGUUAAACCACAGAGCCGAUCAGAAGGUCGGCGGUUUGAAUCCCCGCAACAGGGUGAGCUCCCGUUGCUUUGUCCUGGUUCCUGCCCACCUAGCAGUUCGAAAGCACGUCAAAGUGCAAGUAGAUAAAUAGGUACCGCUCUGGCGGGAAGGUAAACGACGUUUCCAUGCGCUGCUCUGGUUCGCUGGAAGCUGUACUGGCUCCCUCGGCCAGUAAAGCGAGAUGAGCGCCGCAACCCCAGAGUCAGCCACGACUGGACCUAAUGGUCAGGGGUCCCUUUACCUUUAAGGUGCUACUGGACAAUUUUUUUAUUUUUUAAUAUAUUUUGACUGUGUCAGACCAACCCAGCUACCUACCUGAAUCUAGUACCAUAGAAUUAUCAAUUUUUUCAAAAUUAGGGGGUCCUGUGGCUGAAAAACAGGGAGGGGGUCCUCAGCUAAAUGAGAACCACUUUUUGUAGAGAAACUUUUUCUCCCUUUCUCAUAACGCUGAAGCCGAAUGUCGGAAGGAUCAGGGCAGAUAACAGAAAGUGCUUUUUCAUGCAGUUAAACAAUGGAACUUGCAGACAAGUUCAGAUGGAUUUUAAAGAGGAUUAGUCAAAUUCGUUGAGGAUAAAAGGCUAUCAAUGGCUAUCAGCCUUGUUCAAUGGGGCAGUAUGAUUCUGAAUCCCAGUUGCUGGAAGGCAAAGGAGGAGAGAGUUGUUAUUGUGCACUGAUCCUGCCCGGGGUUUCCCUCAUGGAAGUCUCUCUGGUUGGCCAUGGUGAGAAUACUGGAUUACAUUUUCAAACUGCCACACUGAAGAGCCCUUAGACUUCCUGUGCAAGUUCACAAGAACCCCAAGACUCCUAAUAAUAAUAAUAAUAAUAAUAAUAAUAAUAGCAUUUCUGACGUUUCAGAAGGAAGAUAAAUUAUAGGCACAAGGCCACACAGCCCCAAAUUCCAAAUUAAAAUGUAUCCUACCAUUAAAUGCAUAUAUUUGUGCAUACAUCCAGCUCUGUUCUGAAAUCAGUUACUCUGAAAUUCAAGAAUCAAUUGGCCCGUUCUGAAACCAGUCAUGGUUUUUGCUCCUCUGGCCAGAAGUUCUUCCAAGGUCUCUUACUUUACAUAAACCUUGACCCAAGGUAUUCACAUUCAAUUGGCCGUGUGUUGUGUUUCUUGACCAUCUCUAAGCAUGGUGUUGUACAUCUUAGGAACAUUUCCAGAUGACAUUUUCUGCAAAACGGUUAGCUGUUGCUUGGGAAACUUAAGUAGCAUCGCUUUUAGGGGGGGGGAUUUCCUUGCAUUUUUUCUGUCCCAUCUUCAAACCAUGCUCAGGAGAUCGAGAAAUGGGCUCCUAGGAUCCUCCUCCUCUCUUGCACAGUCAAUCAUGCCUCCCACUGAGUUUCAGAACUAAUUAUGCUUAUUGCUACAUUUUUACUGCCCUUUCUGUUAGCCCAAACCACAGUUUCCAGACCCACUUUGAACAACAGCUCAGUGGAAACAAUGGUUAGCGGAAACGCUGGCGGAAGCGUUGAUCCACAGUUAGCUUCAAAACAGAAAAAGAGGGCUUAUGUGUAGAAAAUGUGCAGAUUUUCACGUAAGGUUGAAUGCAGUUGCAUGUGAGAAUCUGUAGACUGGAAGCAUAAUGUGGUCAACAGAAGAGUAACAGAAGAGGACAUUUCUGACCCUCCCUGGUCCUCAAGUCACACACAAGGAGCUUUCAUGAGAACAAAACAGUGGCUCUUCCUCUACUUCCUCUUCCCCCAAAUCAGACUGGGAAUGAUGGGGCAGUGUGGAGAAACAACCAGCCCCACAAAAGGCUCUUCCACCUGCCUCUCCUAGAACGCCCCUCAAGUGGUGGUGGUCCUGCCCCACAUUCUGCAACACACACCCUGCAUAACCAGGAAUUUUCUAAGGGCGGUGAACCAAUAGAACAGCCCACCUGCUCCACCACCCAUAACUGUGAGGGUGGAGCAAUAAAACAGGUUGCAGGAGGCUGUUAGACAAACAUUUGGGUGGAUUGCUUUAUUCCAAGAAAUGGAAGGCGGAACAAGUCUGAAUAGUGUAGCGCCAAACAGUGUCACGCCAGGAAAAUCCCCAGUUGAAAUCUCACCUCGGCUAACUACGUGGACCUUAGGCAAGCCAUACCAGGCUUAUCCAUAACGGAGUUUAAUGUCUGUUUCUCAUUGAAUUUGCAUAGUCCACAUGACGUUAACACACACACCCCCAAGCAGCACCCACCUCAAUGCUUUCCUUCCAUAAAUUCAGGUUCCCCGAUUAGGGGGAUGAUCCGAUAAGCUGAGCAAAACCGGGCUGCAAACUGCUCCGUUCAGGGUUGCAGCCGAUUUGGGUCCAUGUUUUAGGGUGACACAAGAGCAACCCUCGCUUUCUGCCACUCUCUUUUCCAUGCCUGCUACUUCCUCAAUGAGUUCAUUUCUUUUCCAGUCGUACUCAUAACUAUUUAUGGUGUGCUCCCAGUCCCGAACCGGGGAGGGGGGGGUUGUUUGUUUGUUUAUCAGGUUUGCACAAAACCAGAAAGCAACACAAGCAAAUUUAUAACUGCGCAACCGGGGUGCUUUUGCACGUGCCGCAGCUAUCUGCAUGCGUGCCCCGUCAGUUCUUAAUUGGCAAAACUGAAUCAACAAAUGAGAAAGCAGGCGCAAAAACAAAAGGGAACGCUUGCUGGUAUGGACAGAAAAGACCAAAGUUGUUUCUCAUAUAUAAAUUCAGAUACAUGUGGGUGGAGGCUAUUCCAAUCUAAUUUGAAUGGGGUGGGGAAGUAGACAAAUGGCUAAAUCAGGGGUCAGAAAACUUUUUCAGUCCACUGUCCCUCAGAACUUGUGGGGGGCCAGACUAUAUUUUGGAAAAAAAAUGAACAAAUUCCUAUGCCCCACAAAUAACCCAGAGAUGUAUUUUAAAUAAAAGGGCAAAUUCUACUCAUGUAAAAACAUGCUGAUUCCCGGACCGUCUGCAGGCCGGAUUUAGAAGGCGAUUGGGCCGGAUCCGGCCUCCGGGCCUUAGUUUGGCUACCCAUGGGCUAAAUAAUGCUCAAAUGUGUGUGGGGGGGGCAUUGUCUCUCAGCCCACCCCUCCAUUGGCCAUAUGUAGUAAUAAAGAACUGCCUUACAGGCCUGAUGUAAGGAUUGCUGUGGUCAUGUAUGUGAUGCUCUCUGAGCACCCAAAAAGCACUUUUUAAAUGCUAAGCGCCCUGUCGCCAUUGCUAUAAAGGAGACUGGAUUUUUGUUUUUAAGAAGGAUUCUCUUCUCUGCUGCUUCUCAAAGGUUGGCACUGAUAGACCAAGAGUCCCCUUUGGAUUCUUAAAUAACAAAUGAGCAGUGGUCCUUCCCUUCUCGUCUCAGUGAAAUUCUUGGUUCAACUGGGAUUUAAAUCUGGGUUUCCUACCAGCCAAACCCAAUACUCUAGCUUUUCAGGCAGGCCUCCUUUCUUAAACAAAAACCCGUUCAGGUCCACUGAUGUCUUCCUGCUGCCUUUCAAGGCCUUCAGAACAGGCUCCGUGAGCAAAUUUUAUGGCCCCCGUCACCCACAGCAACAGACGACAGGCAUAUGGCCAGUGAAGACUGUGGCACCAAACUGUAUUGCUUGGUAUCGCCCAUCCCUUGGCAGCAGUUCCUCACUUAUCCUCGAGGAUCAAUAGUUUUGCCAAUUAAGUCCCUAUCUUAUGUAAAUAGCAGGCGCUGCUUCGCUGCCUUGAAGCAUCUGGUUCAGUGGCUUUGAGCAAAUAAAGGACUGGUAAACAAAGAUGGUGCCCCAAGAGGAAAUGACUGGGCUUAUGGACCACCAGCCCACCUCGUCUGAAAUGGAGGAAAGCUUCAGCAAUGGCAGCCCAAACUUUCUGAGAGGACAUUUUCUACUCUCUGUACCCUGUGAGAUGCUACUAACCAGGGAUGUUUCACCUGGGAACUCUCAAGUGCGCCUCAUAUUUUCCUUUCUGCAAAAUUUCAGUGACAAGCCUGGUGGCGGAUCUUCCUUCUAUUUGUGGCCCAUCUGUAUCUUUUUUCCCUAGUAGAACAAGAAAAGGGAGAGGCUGCAAUCCCUCCCUUCGUGUAUGUGAGGAAAUGUCCCCCUUUCUCUUAUAAUUUGUGUCAGUGGUGCAAAUGGACUCUCUUCCUUUUAUACCAUAAAAUGGUCUUUUCCCUCCAUUCUUUGGGCAAGCGGUUGUUCCGUCAUCAACACCUUUUCAUCUGAGGCAGAAGACAAAUUCAACAGGUGCAGCUGUCUGCUUUUACUGUGCUUCAGUGGCAGGAAAAGCUCCACCUCUUGAUUUCUGCCUGCUGUGUAACUAUCGAAAGCUUCAAAUGUUGGACCAUUUCUUUGUCAUUUGUCUCCCUGGGGAAUGUUCCGACUCUCCUGUAACCAUCUCCUUUUGUCUUCCACAGGUGUUUCCUUCGGUGAGCACGAUGACGUCCAGCUUGGGGCCUAUGAACUCGAUUAAUUCCUAUGUGACGCUGAACCCCCUCACUUCCCCCAGCUCCAUGAACAUGCCUUAUCCAAACAGUGGAUUGAGUAGCCCUUCUCUCACUGGACUGACCAACGCCACCAGUUCGAUGGGCCUCCCGUCGGUGGCGUCUCCCGUCAGCCCAGUUUUGACUCAGCUGGGAGCUCAGGCCCCCACACUCAACUCUCUGUCACCUUACCAAAAUGUCGGCCAGUCCAUGGCCCCGCUAAGCUACUCGCCGUCAGGCAUGAACAGGCCCAAGGAGAUCAACAAGUCGUACCGGCGCACGCUGACCCACGCUAAGCCGCCUUAUUCCUACAUCUCCCUCAUCACCAUGGCGAUUCAGCAAGCCCCGAGCAAGAUGCUGACCCUCAACGAGAUCUACCAGUGGAUCAUGGACCUCUUCCCCUACUACCGCGAAAACCAGCAGCGCUGGCAGAACUCCAUCCGCCACUCCCUCUCCUUCAACGACUGCUUCGUCAAGGUGGCCCGUUCCCCGGACAAGCCCGGCAAAGGCUCCUACUGGGCCCUCCACCCAAAUUCGGGCAACAUGUUUGAGAACGGCUGUUACCUGAGGAGGCAGAAGCGUUUCAAAAUCGAGGACAAGGCCAAGAAGCCCAACUCCAAAGGCUCCAACACCCAAGAGCAGGCGCCCAAGAUUCCUGAGGGUCUUCAGGAAGGCCAGAGUCCCAACACGGGCUCGGAAGGAGCAGAGUCAGGCCACUCAGACACCUCCCAUGGCUCCGAGGAGCAAAGGGGUUUGGUGCAACUCGAUUGUUCUGGGGGUCAGGGCUCAUCCCCAGUUUCCGAGGCCUCGCCAGCCCCCAUCUCCCAGUCCAUGAAUAGCCACUACUUUGCCACCUCAAUUACCAACCUGGAUCUCCCGAGCGACCUCAAAAUGGACCCUCAGUUCAACUUCAACCAUCCCUUUUCCAUCACCAACUUGAUGUCCACGGAGCAGAACCACAAGAUUGACCUGAAGUCCUACGAGCAAGCCAUGGCCUACAGCGGCUACAGCUCCCCACACGCGGUGGAAAGCAAACACCCCUAUGAGGCAUCCACUUCGCUCAGCGAGACCGGCUCCUAUUAUCAGAGCCUGUACAGCCGCUCCUUGCUCAACGCCUCGUAAGGUUGUCGUUGUGAGAUAGCAGGGGGCCAAAGGAACAAGAGAAGCUCUGCCUCGUGCCGCCAUCACCAGCAAGACCACCCACGAGAUGUUCUAUCCCACCGCCAUCCAAUCCCAUCAUGGCCCGUGGGAAAGCAACCAGAGACUUGGCCUACUAGACUCUCUGACGAAUCAUUACGCUUUCCAGACCUCAAAACCGAAAUUGCCUCAUAGCGGUCAAGAGCUCCUUUGGCGGCCUUCCGUGUCAAUGGACUCACUUGCCCAUCAUGACCAGGGAAAAGCAAGGAAGAACAAGCUCACGCACCUUUGGGCCACCAACCAAUGGCCAGUUGGGUGAUAAAGGCCAUGGAUGGAGUCAUCUAAACUUCAGCAUAGGUUCACACCCAUGGCAGAUCCCCACCACCUCAAAAUGGUGGACCCCACUCUGAAUUUUACGGUGACUAAAGAUGCUUGAUAUAUCUCCAGGAGUGGUGCUUGGAUGGGUGUCCAGGAGGAAUACAUGAAAAGGGGCAGAGAAAUGGAAAUUUGCAAGCUGGGGAACCACCCCUUGGCCCAGAACAUUUGGACUUUCCUGUCUCAACGCAGAUGUUACAGUCAACGGUUGAACUCUUGUCUUGAGAUUCUCAAACCCACCCGUUUAGGUCAGAAUGAUACGUGGCAGGACUCCAUUGUUACACACACACACACACACACACACACACACACGGGUUUGGCUACCCCAAAGACAAUUUAGGCCUCAGCCUGAAGAGGAGCAGGGAAAAUAUAGUUCACAUCUAUCUUCUUCUUUUUUUAAAAGAAAAGAAAAAGUGGCUUUAUAUAUUUAAAUAUUUGUGCUUUCUGUUGGGAAAAAGGGUAAGAGCUGAUUUAAUAUAUCAUACUUUAGAGACAAUUCAAGGCGGUGUUUGUUUCAAGUGUCCUUUUCUUUUCGGUAUUAAUGAUAAUUAAAACAAAACGGUAUUCAGGGUUUCCCCUCCCCCAAACGCCAUCCCACCGCUAGCAAGGAAUUUAUAACUCUGAUCUGGUGGCACAAGCGACAAAAGACUCCUGGCUCCCGGUACUUAAGACCUCGAAAAUAUUUAUUUAUUUUUAACACAUACUUCCCCCGAUCUUCCAGGGCUGAGGGUGGGAAUGAGUGAAGCUGCCUACGUCAGGCCCAGCUCACUGUUCGCCUAACACCACAGACUGACAGCACUUCUUCAAGAUUUGGGACAGGCUUCUCCCACAGCCCCACGGGGACAUCCCAGGGGUUGAAUCUGGCCCUUUUUUUGCAUGCAAUGCCAAUGCUGUACCAUUGAGCUACAAACCCUUCUGCAGUACAACAACCUCUGCAGAGCAGAAAUAGCGGGUGUAAACUUAAAAAAUAAAACCUGCCACUAUCGUGCCCAGAUACUCAAUCAGCAUAGCUGUCAACUUACAAAUUUGAAAAUAAGGGACCAGCAGCCUCGAAAAUAAGGGAUCAGCAGCCAAAAUAAGGGAUCAACAAUUACUUUGAUAAAAUACAUAUUUUGUUGCGUGCAAAUGGCUUUAGAUACCUAUUAGGUCCAUAAAUUACCCUAUAGCAUAUAUUCAACACACAAAAAACAGCAACAAUUUGUUGUUGACAAAGCACAGCUGGACAUAGAAAGGGCCCUAUUACCUUCAGUAGCUUAUUUAAGGGACAUCAUCAAUAAGGGACAGCAGCGGGACAUGGCGCUGGGAUAAGGGACUGUCCCGCCAAAUAAGGGACACUUGAAAGCUAUGUCAAUCAGAUCUCUGCCACCCUUCCAAUGACGAAUCGGAAAAGGCAGCCCAAUCACAGUGUACAAUUAACAAAACAAAAAUAAGAGCGUAACCCAGAAGAAAUUUGGGGGGGGGGGGGAAAUAGGCACAGUGAAGUUACAUUGCUGAAAAUGGAACUUACCUAUUUUAUUUUGGAUUGAAUCGGUAUCACUACCAAUAAACCUUGGCUUGUAUCUCCGU